CUACAUCUGUGAGAGAGGUGUAGCGCACGACGUCCCAGUGGUGAAGCUGCUGAUCCAUCCAUCCAUCCAUCCAUCCAUCCAUCCAUCGCUUUUGAACUUUUUCCUCCACCUUUCUUUCCAGUCGAGGGCCAAUCAAUCAUUGGUGGACUGAGGGUGUCUCAGGCGGCUUCCAUAUUUCCUCACCUGAAGUGUCCCUUGACCAUCUGACACCUACCUGUGCGGGGAGGCAGAGCCAAGCACCUGGAGUGCUGUGUCGGAGCCCACCAAAAAAAAGAAGGGAAGAGAAAAAGAGAGAGAGAGAGAGAGAGCACCCGAGAGUGUUGAAGGAAGGACUGCGAGACUGUGGCGACCUGAAACAUGGAGGCUACUUUGUGGAAACUUACUGUGCUGUCAUUUACCUGCCUGUUGGGGUUGUCAGGCAUUUGGGCGGAGAUCCUGAUGGCCCAAACUCAAAUGGAUGUACUGCAGGGUCACAUGGUGGUCUUGAAGGCGUCAUACAACACGGUGCCUGGCGAUAAUGACCUGAGCACAAACACCAUCCUCUGGAACUUUGUUUCUGACAACACUCACUUGAUCAUCGCUUACACCAAAGGCUCCAUAAGCGUGGGGAGUGUUGCGUUCAAGGGCCGAGUCGGAUUCACCUCUAGCAUGCCCUCUCGUGACGUGUCUCUGUUCAUCAACAACACCCGGGAGUCCGAUUCGGGACGUUACCUCUGCCAAGUCAUCAUCCCCGAUAAACCUGGCCUCACUGCCGAGCUCAGCCUGGACGUCAAAGUGCCCCCUGCUGUCCCAAAGUGCACUUUAUCCGGGGAACCGGUGCAGAAAGGGAACGUGACUCUGAGCUGCAAGUCCAACAGCGGCAAGCCGAUCCCAUUGUAUAAGUGGAAGAGAACAAGUCCCACCUCGGAGGUUUUCUUCUCCCCCAUGCUCAAUGAGAAGACGGGCCUUCUGAAGCUGAGUAACCUGAGCAGUAACAUGUCAGGGAAGUAUGUGUGCAAUGCCAGCAAUGAAGUCGGAUCUGAAAUCUGCUUCAUCAACCUGGAGAUUUCCAAUCCCAAUAAAGUUGGAGUGAUUGUUGGCGCCACUGUGGGCACAGUGGUUGGCAUCCUCUGCCUUUUACUCAUUUUCGUCUUUUUCCUUAAGAAGACCAAGCAACGGGACAAUGAAGAUGACCUGGCUAAUGAAAUCAAAGAGGACGCUCAGGCUCCCAAACGCGUGUCCUGGGCUAAAAGCGGAAUGGGUUCCGACAUCAUCUCAAAGAACGGCACCUUGUCCUCCAUCGCCUCCAGCCCGCAACACAGAGAGCAACACAACCACCACCAUUUGCAGCAUUCGCAGCACUACCCCCAGCGCCCUCCGUCCGACACGGGCUCCGUGGUCACGGCCACCGGCAGCGUAGCCGGCUACCGUCCUUCCCGCCAUCAGGGAGUGUCCACCCCGACGCACUACGGCUACAACAACGACGCCACCCUACCGCGCGACUCUUCGGAGGCCAACGGGGGGGGGUCCCAAGGCAGACCGGAACGUUACACCCAGCUGCCACAGGCGCAGAUGCUCCCGCAAAGCUUUAGCCAUCCUCCUCACUUCCAAGUUCCGGCCACUCCGCCGCCUCCGCCGCUUCCCUCGUCCACCACACUCACAGGCUCCAACAUCAGCCGCAUGGGUGGGGUGCCCAUUAUGGUGCCUGCGCAGAACCAGGCCGGAUCUCUUGUCUAAUCGCCAUUACCUCAAGUCCCCUUGACCUUCUUGGGAGGGUCCACCUGGAGUUCUUUUUCAUGGAGGACUGGGUUCUUGGUAUUUAGCAAAGCUUAUUAAGAUGUUAGGACUCACUCCUGGUGGUUGAAGUCUUUUAUUUAUAGUCAUCACGCACUGUCUAGCUAGCUACAUUGUUCAAUCUUUUCUACCUUACAAUUUUUACAUUUUUUAUUGUGUCAUUCAAUUUCAACAGCUUUUAUUUGUUCUAUUUCCAAUGUCGUUUCUUUUAGACAUAACGAACCAUUUAUUCAGCUACUUUCUAAGCAGAGCACUAUUUUGGGUUGCUCAGUUGUAACUUGACACAUGGAGGCCUUCAUGUUUUGUUAGCUGUUAAGCUUCAGCGACUCUAGCUACAAUUGUGAAAUGUCACUUGUUAAGUGAAAAAGACUAAACGAAACGAAAGAUGCCCAGCCGUUAAAACGAUUACUCAUAAAUCUUGAGGGCAUUGCAGCAAAAUUGUACAAACGUCGUACUCCCCCUAACAGAGUGACAAAGUUAUUUUGAGUAACCACAAUUUUAUUUGCAAGCAGCACAAGAAAUGUAAAUAUGCUAUUUAUUUUAUUUUUGUUGUUAGUAUUACAGUGAGAAAAGUAUGAACGCUGCAACAGUAAUGCGGGUAUAAACUGAGAUUAUGUGUUAAGUUAUUUCUGCCUUGAACACUGGAUACUGAACCAAAGAAAAACAGUACACAUACUUAUGUUCAUUACAUGCUUUGCUUUCUUUGAACAAGACAUUUCGAUGUGGUUAGAAAAAAAAGAAGCAUUAAAUGUGUGCGGCAUUGUAUAAAACAAUCCAAUAUUCGAGGUUGUCUUGACACUGGCAUUGUACUGGCCCCUUCUGGAAGUGAAAUUGUUCAUUGAUUUUAUCUCAACGCUGUGCAAGAAUGAAAAGAAAAAUGUUUGACGAGAAGAACUACUUGGAUUAUAUAAAUGCAGCGACAAUUCAUCAACGGCAGUAUUGAACAGAACAGAAUUGAUUGAAAACAUCUCCAACAGUAUUUUUGGAUGUUCUAAAGAAACUAUGUUUUUUAUGAUCGAUUGUUUUUAUUUUCUUUUAAACUGAAGUGCUAUCAACUAAAAUGGACAAACUGGAGGCCAAAUGUGUUUAUUGCUGACGGUGGUCUCAGUUUUAGACAAGAUGUGCACUUGUAUCUAUCUUCCAUAUUCUUAUUUGUAAAAAUGCUUUGUAUAAUAUUUUCAAUUAAAAAUUCUAAGAGA